UGUACGCUGUUUUUCCGAAAUCUUUUGAAAAGCAACGGUGGUCUUAGACACGUGCAAAUAAUUUGAAAAAUAAUCGUAUUCGUUUACGCGAGUCAACUUACCACAGUCCAGCAUCGUCACACGUAUUAUUUAACGACAGACCACGGUUUACCUCUCAAUGGACUUUGAAGAAAAUACGGUUGUCUAACUGGUCAUAUAAUUUCAAUCGCAAUAGUACUCGUCGUCCGUACUCAGAUCGCAUAAUCUAACUCAUCGUAAUUCAGGCGCGAUGAUUAUUAUUCGAUUUCCAAAUAAUCUAUUCCUAUAUUAUAUAAUACGUGUUGAGACAAUAUUUGUUUAAUUAAUCGUAAUCAGUUCGUAUAGUAUCGUAUCGCUCAUUGCUUCGUUUGCGAAUAAAAACGCGUCUCGUCGAGCGUACGAAAUGUAAAUUAUAUGAUUUAUGAUUGUAGAAAACACGAAUAGCCUACGCUUACAGACGCGUUUUUAAUCGACCCGUUGCUAUAAGAACGCAAAUAAAAUAUUACUCGAACGUCGCGAUGCGGAUUAAUUUUCGAAAUCACGCGAUAUGAUAUAUUACUAUACUCAAUAAUAUGUAACACUCUCUCGUCCUUCCUGCGAGUUUGUCGUCGUCUCUCCUUGGGGAAAGGAUCGCACACCGGCCGAACACUCGGGACCGCCGUCCCCGCGCACGCCGCGGAGCCUGCAAGUGCAUCGUCUCGCACCGAAGCGAAGUCGUAGACGACCCGCAGAAGCUUCGAUGACGUUUCAGACGUUUUUGAUAACGGCCCGCGGACAGGUAAUGGUGGCGCUGAUGGUGGGCGUCUACCUGGUCACGGCCACCCGUUCGCACUCCAAUCAAAUGGUGAUCAGCACCACCGGCAAUCGCAACACGUAUUCCGCGAUGAACGUCGUCUACCAGUUGGCGUACCUGAUCGUCCAGCUGCCGACCGGGCUGUUCGCGGACCGCCUGAACCCCGUCACCUCGCUGGCCGUCAUCAUGGUCGGGCUGGCCGCCACGGCGGCCGUCUCGCCGUUCGCGCUCGUCCACCUCUCGUCGUGGUCGUGGACACCGUGGUCGUCGGCCAUCCCGGUCCUGGUGACCGGAGCCGUGUACGCCGUCAACGGCGCCCUGGCCGGUUCGUGGUGGCCGUUCAUGAACGUCAUGCUGUCCAACUGGGCGCCGCCUGACGAACUGGCGUACAUGUACUCGACCAUUAGCACGGGCGUGCCCGGCGGCAUAGUGGCCGGAAACCUGUUCACCGGCUUCUUUUACGCCCUGCACGGUUCCGAUUUCGGUUACAGCUUUUUCGUCAUGUCCGGCUUUUGCUUGGCGUGGAGCGUCGCCUGGUUUUUCACGUGCCACCAUCAUCCGGCCGACGACCCGGGAUGCCGACCGUCCGAGCUCGAGCGCUUGGUCACCAGCCUUCAAGCCAAGGCGCAGCUGCCGGUGCCGUGGACGAAAAUCGUCACUUCGUUGCCCGUGUGGUCGGUGAUGUUGGCCAAUUUCGGUUCGACCGUGUUCUACACGGUUCUCAUCAUGUACAUGCCCGUGUAUCUCAAGUACACGAUGCACGUGGACAUCGUGGAAAACGGUCUCAUGUCCACGUUGCCGUCGCUUGGCCAGAUAGCCGUCAUGUUCACUGCCGGCAAGUGUGCGUCGAUAGCUCAGGCCAAAGAUUGGUUCGACGCCUCGGACAUCAGAAAAGUUUUUAGUUGUAUCGGCAUGGCGAUACCAGCAAUCCUUAUUUCAGUCGCAACGAUCAUACCGAAUACUUAUAUCUUCUACAGUUUUCUAGUAAUAUCGUACAGCGUCUCUGGUGCGGUGUUCUCCGGUUUCCGGGUCAGUCAGAUGGAAAUGGCUCCGAAUUUCGUCGCCGUCAUCACGGCCAUUUGUGAUAUUUUCGGCAGCCUCGCAAUGAACCUUACUCACAUAGCGUUCAUCUUGACCUUCGGACAGUCUACCGAUCAGGUGGCAUGGAACGAAAUCUGUUGGUAUCUAAGCGCAAUACUUAUUUUGUGUCUUGUACCGUUCGUCUUGUUCGGAAGUAGCAAAACACAAUCGUGGAAUGCAUCCAAAACAACAGCAAUUAAUGAACCGAUAUAAUGCCAUGAGUACUGAGUAGUGAUAGUAACGAUAUAUCGAUAUAUCCUUAAUUUUUAUAUCGAUACAACUUCUCCAUUAUAACGAAGCUUUUGUAUUUUUAAUUAAAACAAUUAGAUGCUUAACAAAAAUAAAUAUUAUUAUUAAACUUAUCAGUGGCAUGUGGUCAGAGUAAGAUAGGUAAGCGGUGCAUGCCUGAUCAAAAUAAAGAAAUAAAAAGUUUCAACAUUUA